CUUCGCGUCAGCUUCGCGUCCUGCUGCGGGUCUGGCGUGCACGUCACCAGGCCAUCAAUUUCCAGGCUGCCGCGCUGCCUUCAACGACCGCUCUCGGGCAUCAGGCAGCACACCGCCAAUGGUGAUAAAAGGACCCCGAGGUCCCGACCCGAGACUUGGAAUUGGCUUUUGAACAUCCGACGACGUCAAUCUCGGGGACGAGAUGCCUGACAUUCGGUCGUUCUUUGCACCGAAAGGUGGUGCGGCUCCUCCAAAACCAGCUCCGGUCAAAAAAGAAGAGGCGCCAAAGGUUAAGCGAGGUCGCAAAGUUAUCGAAGAUAGCGAGGACGACGAGGUUGUUGAAGAGAAGAAGCCCGCAGCAAAGGCGGCACCGAAGAAGAAGAAGGCAGAUGUCGAGCCCAAGGGAGUUGCAAUUUCUGCCGACGAUUAUUUCGCUUCGACCAAUGACAGCAAAAAGCCCAAAGUCCCAACGACUCCGAAGAAAGGCGCAAGCAGGGCGCAGGUGAAGGAAGAGGUCCCGGUUCGGUCCAGUCCUCGAACAAAGCAGUCGGCUUCAAAGUCCGAUGCUCCCGCCGCAAACGGCACUCAGACAAAGAAGAAAGCGGUUUCUUAUAAGCAACACAAAACGGAGGACGAUGACGCAUAUAUGGAGGAUGCAGACGAAGAUCCCGAUGACAUAUAUGCCGCUGACGCCAAAGGACGCAACAAGCGCAAGAAUGACGAAUACGUUGAGUCGGAUUCCGAGGACGAAGUUGUCCCACAGCCUAAGAGAGUUGCGUCUCGCGGGCGACAGUCCGCUGGGACAAAGAACGUAAAUGAAUCUGCUAAGGCUGAAAAGACCACAGCUGCCGGUAGGAAGCGUAAAACCCCCUCGCAGGACUCUGAUGAAGAAGAGGAAGAGGAAUUGCCCAGAAAGAAGCCGACCACCGCGAAAUCCCGAGCCCCAAAGCCCAAGAAGGCGGACGACCCUGAAGAUUCCCAGAUUCAAAUCAUUCUGGACAGCGUCGCCACAGUCCGCCCUCCAACGCCUCCGCCGAAAGACCCCAAUGCCAAGUUCGACUGGCGGAAAGCAGCUGCUGGCGGAGGCAAUGCGUCGGCCCAACCAACAGGCAUGGCCGACGUUCCAGAAGGAGCCGAGGAGUGCCUCAGUGGACUUUCGUUUGUCUUCACUGGUGUUUUGCAGACGAUUGGGCGUGACGAGGCCCAAGCGCUUGUCAAGCGCUACGGCGGCAAGGUGACUGGUCAGCCGAGCAGCAAAACAAGCUUCGUGGUUCUUGGUGAAGAUGCUGGUCCAAGCAAAUUGGCCAAGAUCAAAUCACAUGGCAUCAAGACCAUUGAUGAGAACGGACUCUUCGAUCUUAUCCGCAAGCUGCCUGCGUACGGAGGAUCGGGCAAGGGAGCACAGAAGGCGCAAGAGAAGAAGAAGGCUGAAGAGGAGAAGGUGAAGCAGCAGGUGGCGGAGAUGGAAGCAGAAGAAAAUGCCAAAAAGGCGGCCGAGGCAAAGGCGGCCAAGAAAGCCGCAGCAUCUCAAGGCGCUACCGGACGAGCGCCACAACCUACAACAACAACUGUUCAGCUGCUGACCUCCAAGUAUGCGCCGACACAGCUUAGCCACAUCUGCGGCAACAAAGGCCAGGUCGAGAAGAUUCAGUCUUGGCUCAAGAACUGGCCAAAGUCGAAGAAGUACAAUUUCCAGCGGCGUGGUGCAGACGGCAUGGGUGGAGCGCGUGCUAUUAUCAUCUCUGGCCCGCCAGGUAUCGGCAAGACCACUGCUGCGCACUUGGCUGCCAAGCUGGAGGGCUAUGACGUCCUGGAGAGCAACGCCAGUGACACGAGAAGCAAGAAGCUCGUCGAGGCUGGAGUGAGUGACGUGAUGAACAACACGUCGCUCUUGGGGUACUUUGCGGGCGAUGGAAAGGCUGUGGACACGUCGAAGAAGAAGAUCGUCCUCGUCAUGGACGAAGUUGACGGCAUGUCUGCUGGCGAUCGAGGUGGCGUUGGCGCAUUGGCGAAAUUCUGCAAAGUUACGGAAGUCCCCCUCAUCUUGAUCUGCAACGAACGCAAGUUGCCCAAGAUGAAGCCUUUCGACCAUGUCACUUUUGACAUCAGGUUCAACCGGCCGACUGUCGACCAAGUUAGAUCCCGGAUCAUGACCAUCUGCCACCGAGAAGGGCUGAAGUUGCCCGUUCCCGUGGUCGACGCACUCAUCGAGGGCAGCAACAAGGACAUCCGACAAAUCAUCAACAUGAUCUCGACGGCGAAACUCGACCAAAGUAGCAUGGAUUACGACCAGGGGAAAGCAAUGACCAAAGCCUGGGAGAAGCACGUCGUCUUGAAGCCUUGGGACAUCUGUCAAAAGAUGCUGGCCGGUGGGCUGUUUGCCCCCGCCAGUAAAGCAACGCUCAACGACAAGAUUGAGCUGUAUUUCAACGAUCACGAGUUCAGCUUUCUCAUGAUUCAAGAGAACUAUCUGCGCACGAAACCCAUGGCAUUGAACGGCAAGGGCUACACGAAACGGGAGGAGAACCUCAAGGCCCUGGAACUGUUCGAUAAUGCGGCGCAGAGCAUCAGCGACGGUGACCUGGUGGACCGCAUGAUCCAUGGUCCGCAACAGCAUUGGAGCCUGAUGCCGACCCAUGCCAUUUUCAGUACCGUUCGUCCUGCCAGCUUUAUCGCCGGACAACUCAUGGGUACCAACUUCACGUCUUGGCUGGGCAACUUCAGCAAAACUGGUAAACUGGGCAGAUAUGUUCGAGAGAUACACUCUCACAUGCGUCUCAAGUCCUCGGGUGAUCACAACGAAAUUCGCCAGGAGUACAUGCCGGUUUUGUGGAAUCAAAUGGUCAACCGACUGCAAAAUGAAGGGACAGACUGCGUUGACGAUGUCAUCGAAUUGAUGGACAGCUACUACCUUACACGCGAGGACUUUGACGCGAUCCAGGAGCUCGGCGUCGGGCCGAUGACGGACGAGAAGGUCAACAUUGAGACGAAGACGAAGGCCGCCUUCACCAGAACAUACAAUGCCAUGAACCACCCUGUGCCCUUCAUGAAAGCCAGCAACGUGCUGGCCCCGAAAAAGCAGACCAAAGAGGCGCCUGAUCUGGAAGAGGCUAUUGAAGAGGAAGACGAGGCGGACGUGGCCGAGCCUAUCGAAGUUGACGACGACGAGAUCGACUUCAAGAAAGAUAAGUAUAUCAAACAACCCAAGGCGAAAAAGCCGGCCAAGAAGGCCACCAAGAAGUCCAAGGAUGCUGCAGACGAUGACGGCGGCGAAACCAAGGCCAAGACGGGCAAGGGAAAGAAGGGAAAGAGAUGAGCCCGGAGUGAGGGCACUUUUGCAUUUGUAUUGAAUAUGCAUAUCUUGCCUUGGGCGCGUUGUUUCGAGUCUGCAAGCCGUGCGUGUGCAUGAGCGGGAUACGAUGUUGGAGUUACCGGCGCAGCAACACGUUACUCAGGUUCUGGCGCCAAUAUCAACAUAGUUGGACCUUCAGCGGUGUACCCCCUGCAUGUGAAAUCUGAACCAUGAGAACAGGGCAACCAGCGAGGCGGG